UUGGCGAGCGACGGAGGAACCCUAACCUAUAUCAGCGAAGAAGAACAGGUGCGCGCCCCAAAUUCCGUGCUAUUACGCAGGCGACUACCGAUGGCGGCGCUUCGAGUCGCGGCGAGGAGGCUCGUCGGCGGUGGCCAGACGCCGGCGGUGGCUGUGGACAAGGCGCAACGCCGGCUCUUCCCGAGGCUGUCCCAGGUCCACCGGGUUAGGUCCACCACAUCCUCCGCUGCUGCGGCGGCCAAGGGCUGUGAUUGUGAAGAUCGGGAGAAACUCCUGAGAGAGAUCCAUAACAUGAGAGAGGAGCUGUACGAUAAGGUUUCGCACGCGGAAAGGACCUACGAUAUCCCUGGCAGGGCAGGCAAACAUAUCAGUCAGCUGCGCGAGGAGCUCGCCGUGCAAGUGGAUCCUAGACCCGGGGACAGCACAUGCUUGUAUGUGCUCAUGAGCAUGGCCGCUGGUAAGAUCGUUGAAUUGGAUCCAGAUGAAAAGCAAUGGAUCCAGAAGAAAAGAGGGGAGGCGCGCAAGCAAAGUGAAACAAAAUGA